AGAAGCUCAUAUGAAGAUUUCUUUUUGCGUGCUUCUUCUUCACCUGUAUCUGACAGGAGCAAUUCCGAUCAGACGUGGCAAGUUAUCCAACUCGAGCGCGGUUGCCCCGAGUUCUUGGUCAGAUUGCGGAGGGGGGGCAACAAGCCUGUCUGUCAACAACGUAAAAGUUUCACCAGAUCCUGUGGUGGCAGGCAAGAACUUCACGCUUUCUUUGGACUGCUCGACAAGCGACCAAGUCUCUGACGGAACGUUCGUCAUUCAAGUGUAUCUCGCAGGCAUCAUGGUCCACAAGCAGACUAACGGCAUCUGCGAGGAGCACUCCUGUCCCUUCGGCCCUGGGCCCGUGAAUCUGGUGAGUACCACCAACAUGCCCAUCAUCACGCCGCACGGAAGAUACGAUGUGAAAGUCACGGGAAGCCUACCUGAUGGGCUUCCGGCCAUCUGCGCUGAUAUUCAAUUUUCUGUGGUGUGAAGAUUCAACCGAGUGCAAGAAUAUCAAGUGUAAUAUGGAUUCAAAAUCCCUUAGUCUUAUCUCCCUCCUUCGGCUCUCUAUUCAUUUUCGAUCAAUACUGAAUGCUCUUCAACAUGGAUGAAUCAUGUAGUGCUAACGAACUAAACUUUGAUC